UGUCCAUAAACACCCCCAAACCCUAGCAUCCUUCUUCAUUUCUCUACCCAGCCUCCGAGACCUAGAGAGAGAAAGAGGAGAGAAAGAGCAGCCAUGACGACUCGCUUCAAGAAGAACCGGAAGAAAAGAGGUCACGUGAGCGCCGGGCACGGCCGCAUCGGCAAGCACAGGAAGCAUCCCGGCGGCCGUGGUAACGCCGGAGGAAUGCACCACCACCGCAUCCUCUUCGACAAGUACCAUCCUGGCUACUUCGGGAAAGUGGGCAUGAGGUACUUCCACAAGCUCCGGAACAAGUUCUACCGUCCCAUCGUUAACAUCGACAAGCUCUGGUCACUCGUCCCUAACGACAUCAAGGACAAGGCCUCUCAGGACAAAGCCCCCAUGAUCGAUGUCACGCAGUUUGGGUACUUCAAGGUGUUGGGCAAGGGCGUUUUGUCCACCUCUCAGCCGAUCGUCGUCAAGGCCAAGCUCGUGUCGAAGAUCGCCGAGAAGAAGAUUAAGGAGGCCGGUGGUGCCGUCAUCCUCACCGCUUAGGUUCGUCCCCUUUUCGGGAUAAUGUUAGAUCUGAGCUAUUUAAACUUUUGAACUUGUUGACUUAAUUUUCUUAUAAUCUUACUAUAGUUUAAUUUGGAUAUUUUCAAUUAUGCAUAAUGGUUUUUAAUUAUUUUCUUUAA